AAAUAAGAACAAGCACAGUAGGAGAAGAGUUUGCACCGCCUCAAAGCGAGUAUGUCUCUCAGGGAUCCACCAUAUGAACCUCCAUCUGUCUCGGAGCUGCAGGACUUCCUGCUGGCCGACCGACGACCCACUGGACACGUCAAUCAAGUCUGGCCUAACCUUUACAUCGGCAACGAGGUGGCUGCUCGUGACAAGGGCACUCUCCACAGUCUGGGCAUAACUCACAUUGUGAAUGCUGCUCAUGGCUCAUCGCCCAACGCCGGCCUCUUCCUCUGCGUCAACACCGGCCCACGUUUCUACAGAGACAUGGAGGUGGAUUAUUAUGGGGUGGAGGCUGACGAUGCAGUAGAUUUCAUUCUUAGUCCUUUCUUUUACCCCACCGCACGGUACAUCAGAGCUGCACUGGCCAUGGGAGGACGGGUGUUCGUCCACUGCCUGAUGGGUGUGAGCCGCUCUGCCACUCUGGUGCUGGCCUUCCUGAUGAUUGUGGAGGGCCUGAGGCUGCAGGAGGCGGUGGCUGCUGUCAGGCCGCACAGAGACAUCUGUCCGAACCCAGGCUUCCUGCAGCAGCUCCGAGGCCUCGACAUGAGCCUGGAGAGGGAGAGGCGGAGGCGACGACAGGCCCAGGCGACACUAGGUCACUCAGAGGAGGAGGGCACACCAUCUCUGACAGAGCUCAGGCAAAUUCUGUGGACAAACAGGAAGCCGGUGGCACCUGUCGACCAGGUCUGGCCCAACCUCUACAUCGGAGAUGAGUCUGUGGCGAGAAAUAAGACCACACUCUCGUCUCUGGGCGUGACUCACGUGCUGAAUGCUGCAGCAGGUCGGCACCGGAUCAACACAGGUCAGCAGUUCUACAGUGACCUUAAAGUGGACUACCACAGCGUUGAAGCUGCAGACCAUCCGGAGUUUGACCUCCGACCUUUCUUUAAAUCUGCUGCACAGUUCGUGGACAGCGCUCUGAAGAGAAAUGGGAAGGUGUUAGUCCACUGUGCCAUGGGUGUCAGUCGCUCCGGAGCCCUGGUUCUUGCAUACCUGAUGAUCUGCCACGGCCUGUCGUUGGCAGAGGCCAUCAUCGCCGUGCGUCUGAACCGAGACAUCGGACCCAACUCUGGGUUUCUGGAGCAGCUCAGACAGCUGGAGCUGAGCCUCAGUCAGCAGAGGAGACAGGUCACAGAGGAGGGCCACACUGACGCAUCGUGACCACGAAUACAUGACCUGUCACCUUUGUCAGGCACCUGUUUUAUUUGAAUCCACGUUUUCUGUAAAAACAAUGAAAUCUGAUGGACUGAAAAGUCAUGUGUGUGUUCUCUGUUACAAGUAAAGCUCAGAUGAUGAUCUCCGCCCCGACAACAAUCAGUAUGCAACAACUGAAUGCUUUAAGUUUUAUGUCUCCAGAAAUAACUCUCUGCACUGACAAAUGUUCCACACCUGUCCAGACAUUACCGACACUCUCAUAAUGACAAUAACUGCCACAUGCCACUCCUGUGAAACUUCUAUUUGUCUUUUCUCACGAUUUAGUGCGAUUCUCCACCAUACAGGCGAAGGGAAAGUAAUCACUGUCACAUUAGAGGACUCAGAUCACAUUAGGAAGGAUUUUAGAAAGCAUGUGUGUUGCGUGUGGCUGCGAGUGCCUGAGUGUGUGAGUGUGUGUGUGUGUGUGUGUGACGUUGUCGAGGGCAGGUGUUGUUGCCGGAUGGCCUAAAAAUAUCGUCUUAAACACAGAGCCCGAGAGAGCAGUUACCAUUCCAGAUCUGUCUUUCCGUCUUAAUGCUUAAGGUCUGUUUGCCUGUCUCUCUCUCUCUCUUUCACACAAACACACACACACACACACACACACACACACACACACACACACACACACACACACACACACACACACACACACACACACACACACACACACACACACAGGCCACACAUGUCCCCUGAGGAAAAGUUGAGGUGCUGCUCUGUGAUCUUGCUCAAGAACGGAUAUAAAUCUUUAAACACAAGGAAGAGAAAGAGGACCAAGAAUUCACUUUGAAGAGACUGACAUUUUUGUAGGAUUUUUGUUUAAGAACACCUCAAACAGUUAAACAAUUGUAGAAAAAGUUACUAGUUCAAUUUCUGCUGACUAAUCUACUACUUUACUUACCGUUGCCACUCUAGGACUGUAUAUCUAAUAAACCUGGUGUUCAUAUCACAUCUGCAGAUAUUCUUUUUUGGUUUGUGAUGAAGUUCAGGGCUGUGUGUGUGUAUUCUCUGCGGCAGAGGAGAGCCAUGUCCUCCGCUGUGGUGAAGUCCAGAAGCAGGAACCCGUACACAGCGGUGCGGGUCGACCCAGACAGUGAUUACAUCACACCGGGAACGUUAGACCUGGAGCAGCUGUUCUGGGCUGGUAACGGGGCUCAGUACGCACAUGUCAACCAGGUCUGGCCCAGUCUCUACAUCGGGGAUGAG